AUGCAUUCCUCCAACUUCCUGCUGCUCCUCGCAGCAGCCGCGACCGCGAGCGCCGCCGACACUUCGACCUCGAGCACAUCCAGCAGCGUCCCGGCAUGCACGGCAGCGUCCAAGAGCGGGACCGGCGGGCCGUUCUACGACCUGCGUCCAGACAUCGCCGUCAAGGUUGAGGAGGGCAAGUCAUCCAAGGGUGCUGUCACGACCGACUACCAUGCUAGAGGCUGGGACUAUGGCAAGAACUUCACCCUCAAUAUUUGCGCUCCCGUCAUCGACCCUGUCGAAGACGUAGUGGGGUUGGGCAAGGGCGAGUCCAAGAACGUCAGCGCGUACUACACAUACAAGACCGAAACUUUCUCCAUAGGUCAAUCCAACAUGGACAUACAAACCCGCGGGCGCAUUCUCGUCCUCCAAUACAAGAACGGCUCUCCCUGCGGCGAGAGCAAGUCCAAGCGAGCAACGGCCCAUGACGGCGCUUCCUACAACAGAUACGCCGACGAUGAGGACAGAACCCUCAUCGCACCGUCUGCAGUCGGCAAGAAGAAGGCCUCGGCAGAAAAGGACGAUACGCCAACCCGUCGCAAGUCGGCAACCAUCUCCUUCCACUGCGACACGGAACAGAUUGGUGGAGCAGCCCACAUUUCCUUCGUCGGCUCAGAUCCCGACGACUGCGCCUACUUCUUCGAGGCCCGUUCCCAGCACGCUUGCGCCAGAGCCGAACCCCACCAGCCUGGCAGCGUCGGACCCGGCAGUGUCUUCGCCAUCAUCUUCGUGAUCGCCGUGCUUGUAUACUUUGGUGGUGGUGUGUUCUACCAGCGUACUGUCGCUCAUGCCCGGGGCUGGCGGCAACUGCCCAACUACAGCCUCUGGGCCGGCAUCUGGGGGUUUGUCAGUGACAUGUUUGUCAUCGCGACCUCUUCAUGUGCUCAACUUCUGCCAGGAAGGCGUGGCUACCGUCAUCUGUCCGGAUCUCCCAGCAGAGGACGUAACCGCGAGGACGAGAACCGUCUGAUAGACCAGCUGGACGAGGAGUGGGACGACUAG